AUGGAGAAAAGGAGCAGUGCAAGAAUGGGGAUGUUUGGUAAAAGUGCGUCAAGCCUAACCCUAACCCUAAAGCUAUGGGUGGUUGUGGUGCUGGUGUCAUGUGCAAAGAAUGGUAGGGUUGUGGGACAGCUGAUAAUAGAGGUGACAAAUACAUUGGACAAUGGAAGUUUGGACUUAACAGUCUCUUGUCCGAAUAUUGAUCCUGCAAGCUACCUUCUGCGCCCUGGUGCUUUCCAUCAGUGGAUUAAUGGCGGUGCUGCUGCUUAA